GAACGUUACGUGAAACUUUGCGAUUUACACGUGCGGAGCUCAAGUGACCGUGCUGUUUUAACUCGACGUAUAAAUAGCUACGAAACGCACCAUUCCUCAGAUCAAACAGUCCAGCAAACCAACAAACAUGAAGUUCUUCAUCGUCCUCUCCGCCGUCGCAGCCAUCGCCCUGGGCCACCCGGGUUACCAUUCCUCGUUGGCUUCUGGUGGUCACUAUCUUUCCGGCCCAGCUGUUCACGGCUAUCACGGACCAGCUGCACCCCUGGCUCACGAUGGUCGAGUGAUCGACACCCCCGAAGUGGCCCACGCAAAGGCUGCCCAUUUUGCUGCCCAUGCUGACGCCGCCGCUCAGGCCCAUUACGCCGCUCCUCACGGUGGUUACGAACAGGGUCCUUCCAGCUACGGUGCUCACGAGUACGCCGCUCCCCUGGCCGCUUAUCACGGACCCCCUGCCCCCCUUGGUCACGAUGGACGCGUGGUCGACACGCCUGAGGUGGCUCACGCCAAAGCUGCUCACCUCGUCACCCUCGCCGAGGAGGCAGCCAAUGCUGUCCACGCACCACAGUCCGGCUACUAUGGCGCACCCCAUCAUUCAUGGAUCGAACCCAAACCUUCUACGACGAUGGACUCGAAUACUCUAGCAAACCAUCAGCAUCCUUCAUUGCGUAAUGAUAAAUAUUAUGUACCGUUCACCUUGCACUGUUUCUUGGAGAGAGAACCGGGUGCACGACACAUUUGCACGGAUAAUAAAGCCCACUACACAGGAUCAACGGAUACCUGCGACCUGAUCAGUGAACCGAGGAAGAUUGUGUCGGUGACACGUACCACGCUGUAUCACCUCGAGAAAUGUUGCAUGUUUUACCGUGAUCGGAAUGCAUAUCGUUGCAGGUCGAUCACCUGCGGUCAAUAUUAUCCGUGGUAUGUGUCGUUUGAUCGCCAAAAGGUAUCCAGAAAAUUCGUGCAAACCAACAACGCGGUAGACGUUCCUCGCUCCUUACAAGGUGUUGCCUUGCUACGGCAAGGUAACGCAGCCGUCUCAUUCGUCAAAAUUACUGCCAUCCUUGCUCGUGGUGUUGUCACGCUGAAAACGCUUCCGAAUAGUUGCUGCGCUGAUGCAAGAGCAAGUGUCGAUGUGGAAGUUAAAAUGUCAAUGUCAAUUGGAACUCUGAAACCCACACAUGGGCACACGGACGUGUCGUUCCUCGCACGGCAUGGGCGUAUAGGCGUGUAUCCCAGUAACAUACCUGCAUUACUUACGCACACUUUGAAUUCUGGCUCACACAGAUUCGUCGAACAGGGCGUCUCCGUUAAUGUUACGGAAUUGAGCGGUCGCUGCCUCUGCUCUGGGUCGCUAUUCUCUAUGAGAAAAAUCACCUACUUACACCCUUAUUCCGUAAACCAUCAAGAUGAUAUUGAGACCUUGUUUCCAACAAUGAUAGAUCGAAAACCGUAUUUUCAGACUCUGGUGUCAGUUCUGGCGUCUCUUGCCUCGGUGGUGUUGGGGUCUCCGCAGUGGUACGGAGCACCUCACGCAGGCUACGCGGGUGCCGCGGUGCCAGCUCCACUUGGUCCGGAUGGUCGAGUGGUGGACACACCGGAAGUAGCUCAGCUGAAGGCCGCCCACCUGAGCGCCUUGGCGGAAGCUAACGCUCGCGCUCCGAAGGGACUAAUUGGAGGACCAUCUGGGCCGUACGCAGGCCCAGACGGCGGCUACGCCGCGGCCAAUUACGUCGCUCGUUACAACGGACCUCCGGCGCCUCUUGGAUCUGACGGACGCGUCAUAGACACGCCGGAAGUGCAGCAGGCCAAAGCCGUCCACUUCUCUCUCUACAACGCCCAUGCCCAACGAGUUCCGGCUGGUCCAGCUGAGCCCGCAACCCCCGAGGCAUGGAACGCGGGUAACGGAGUGUGGAAUGGAGGCUGGAAUGGAGCUCACGAACAGUACUAGGCACUCGGUACUUAACGAUCACUCUCAAAACGUCAAUCGCGUGUUUGUCACAAUUGUUAGAAAAAAUUCUGAACAAACUUCCAUUAUCUCUUUUGUUCUUGUUUGCUUUUUUUUCCUUUUUAUAACCAUUUACUCAGCGUGCACGUUACCAUAUAUAACGAUUAGUGGCAAUCAAGCGAUUGGCUCUCUUUCAUGGAUCUCUUCUUAUACGCAUAUAAGUGUCGUCUUGAUCAUCUUUUGCGGAAUCUGUCAACCCGCGCAGGAUUUUCGAGGUGAUCGAUAAGUCUUACCAGAAAACGGAUACAUCGUUUGAUACUUCUGUAAAAAUACUCUAUACCCAUUCAUUUUUUAUCGUAUUUUAUCCAUCAAUUUAUACUGUUUCUUUAUA